AUGGACGGAACAUAUGGGAUGAGAACCGUUUUGAAUUCUUCCCGGCUUGCUGAGGAAAAGAAAUACGACAUGAACACAACAGAUUUGGGCCAUGGAAGCAUGAACACAAAUUACAUGAUGAACGGAACAGUGUUAACAAAUGGUUACAACAACUCUGGUGAUUAUAUGAUAAACAGAGAAAAGUAUCCAGCUGAUAUGAUUCCACAGUUUAAAUUAGAUCAGGGAUUAAACACCUAUAACAAUACAAUGCCAAUGAAUAGUGUCAUACAUGCAGAUCCAAAUGAUUCCUUAAGCAUGCAAGGAAUGAAGACAUGCCUAGAAACUACUACCGGUUUUGACAGUUAUAGAAACUUAAUGAAUUAUAACAAUACACAGAAUACAAUUCAGCCUAAUCAAAUUCCAAUUAAUUUAGAUGAUUAUAACACUGCAGGAGACCUAAUGUAUAUGAAUCAAAAUGCAGGUGAUAAUUUUCCUCCUGAAUAUGUUAAUAAUUUAAGAACAACAGAUACAGAUCAUAUGAUAUAUUCAAAUAAUUUUAAAGUCCCGAAUGGAAAUUUCAAUACAAUGAUGCCUAAUAAUAAUUAUAAUAACUUACCAUAUUCGAUGCCAAUAUUUGAAAAUAUGAAUAAUCCUCAGAUGUUUAUGCAACAGAUGAAUCAAAAGCAACCUAUGAGUGGUCUUACUCCUCAAAUGGAACAUACAUGUAGUAUCAGAAAAAUGCCUGCUGUGAACAAGAGAAAAAUUAAGCCCAAGAAGUUUUUUCCAUGUUGUUAA